CUGGAUCUACAACUGCAAGAUGACGCUGGCGGUGACCUCAGCAGUUUUAUUACAAACGGAGAAUGGGAUUUGCUGGGGGUACCCGGAAAACGGAAUGAAAUCUACUACAACUGCUGCCCAGAGCCUUAUAUUGACAUAACCUUCGUCAUAAUCAUCCGCAGACGUACGCUCUACUACUUCUUCAAUUUGAUAGUGCCCUGCGUCCUUAUUGCUUCCAUGGCUGUCCUUGGUUUCACUUUGCCUCCCGAUUCAGGAGAAAAACUCUCGCUGGGCGUGACUAUUCUCCUCUCUCUUACUGUAUUCCUCAACAUGGUCGCCGAAACUAUGCCAGCCACUUCGGACGCUGUUCCGUUGCUGGGAACAUAUUUCAACUGCAUCAUGUUCAUGGUGGCUUCUUCGGUUGUUUCGACUAUACUAAUUCUCAACUACCAUCAUCGCAACGCUGAUACGCACGAGAUGUCUCAGUGGAUACGCGUUGUGUUUUUGUGUUGGCUUCCAUGGGUUCUCCGCAUGCAGAGACCCCCCGAAAACAACGACUACGUACCAUCGUCAAAUCGACCUUCGCCACCAGAAAGGAAACCGAUCCAUUUUCCGGAGGUGGAAUUGAAGGAGCGCUCUUCCAAAAGUUUAUUAGCCAACGUUUUAGACAUAGACGACGAUUUCAGACACAACUACAGGGGUGGCGGAACUCCCACUCCCCUGCCACCGGCGACCUUUUUUAGGACAGUUUAUAGGCAAAACGAGGAGAGCACCAAUGGUGGUGGGCCGCGCCUUCAUGAAUCGUCAAUAGUUUCGAGCAACCAUGCCUGUAUCAGCGCUGAUUACGAGUUGGCUAUGAUACUGAAAGAGAUCCGAUUUAUCACAGAUCAGCUGCGCAAGGAAGACGAAGCCGCGACAGUGACCAAAGACUGGAAAUUCGCAGCAAUGGUGGUCGACAGAUUGUGCCUUAUUAUAUUCACUCUGUUCACUAUCAUAGCCACGUUAGCGGUGCUUUUUUCCGCGCCCCAUAUCAUUGUUUCGUAGCCAUCCCGUCCCGAAGAUCCAGAUGCUCCUCCUUAGAACCAGCUCAACUCCGAUAUAGCCCAGGCACCGAAUACGGAUUGAACGUUCGAAACGUCGUUGCCGCCAAAAUAGCCGAAAUCGUACGUGACAUCAUAAAUCCAUCAAAGGCAUGAUAAGAAAUAGUUCACGUGCCUAGGGCUCCCGCUUACCCCUUCCUUUUGAAGUUGUGUUCAAAUUAAAAAAAACAUUAUAGAUGUAUCUCACGCUUUCGGGUAUGGCUAAUUUUUGGACCGCCUUGCGCACUUUUUCAAAAUGAGGUACUCCACCUUCUUUGAGUCCAGUUCUUGUAGUGAAAACCAGUAUAUGUGGAAUUCCAAAAUAUUUCAAUAAAAAUCGAUUUCUAAGGCUACUGGGCUAAUACUUUUUCUACAUGUUGGGUCAGCAGUGUUAUUUUUCAGUUACUAUUGAUGAGGAACGUGAAAUGCAGGUCAAUGUUGUUUUAGAUAAUAAUAACAAAGACAUUAUAAAAGUAUAAAAAUUAUCCAAAUCAAUAUGAAUCCAAUUCAUGAAAUGAAGAAUAUACAAUGUGACUCGUUUUCAAUGAAUCCAUUUCUAUAUAUCAGUUGUUGACUCUGCGAUUUCUUUGCGUUGGUGGAUCUUCGAAUGUACUUCUAUAAAGUAAUGAAAGAUAUAUAUCUUUUAUGAGCAUAGUAUUUUACUUGCGAUAGUUGAAUUGAAAUAUCAAAAAUUUAGAUGUGUGUUAGACCUCGCCGAUAGAUACUUGAUGAAAAUCCAUUAAAACAUUCGAAUCUCACAAUAAAAUAUUACGUGAAUAUGUGAAUGAGAAUCAUUCAAUUUUGAAAUACAAACUAAAAAACACAUCUCAUUUUUGUUUCGAAAUCAAAUCUUUUGG